CCGCCCAGACUCAGAUGGUCCCAGGACACCAAGGAUGCGGGUCGUGAGGUCCCCCACCCUCCUCCUGCUGCUCUCGGGGGCGCUGGUCCUGACCCCCAGCUGGGCCGGCCCCCACUCCCUGAGGUAUUUCUACACCAGCAUGUCCCGACCCGGCCGCGGGGAGCCCCGGUACCUCGAAGUCGGCUACGUGGACGACACGCAGUUCGUGCGGUUCGACAGCGACGCCCCGAAUCCGAGGAUGGAGCCGCGGGCGCCGUGGAUGCAGCAGCCGUGGGUGGAGCGGGAGGACCCGGGGUAUUGGGACCGGCACACGGAGAUGGCCAAGGGCCACGCACAGCUUUUCCGAAUUUAUCUGAAGACCGCCCUCGGCUACUACAACCAGAGCGAGGACGACCCUCCAAAGGCACACGUGACCCACCACCCCAUCUCUGCCCGUGAGGUCACCCUGAGGUGCUGGGCGCUGGGCUUCUACCCUGCGGACAUCAGCCUGACCUGGCAGCGUGACCGGGAGGACCAGACACAGGACAUGGAGCUGGUGGAAACCAGGCCUGCGGGGGACGGCACCUUCCAGAAGUGGGUGGCCGUGGAGGUGCCCCCUGGAGAGGAGCAGACACACACGUGCCAUGUGCAGCACGAGGGGCUGCCCGAGCCCCUGACCCUGAAAUGGGAGCCGCCUUCUCACACCUUCAUCAUCAUCAUGGGCAUCGCUGGGGGCCUGGUUCUGCUGGGAGCUGUGGCUGGAGCUGUGAAGUGGAGGAGGAGGCGCCCAGGUGGGAAAGGAGGGAGCUACGCUCAGGCUGCCAGCAGUGACAGCGCCCAGGGCUCUGAUGUGUCUCUCUCAGCUUCUAAAGCGUGAGGCAGCUGCCUUGUGGGGACUGAGUGAUGGAAAAUGUGUUCACGCUCCCACUUCCUGACUCAAGAACCUCUGAUUGGGGGGCUGGCCCAGCCCUGCUCCCCACACUUUCCUGUCAGCAGAGGCGGGCUGGGCCCUCCCCAUCCCUGCCUUUACUGCCCAGUGCUCUGAGCUACAACUUCCUGCUCCAUAUUGAAAUGAGACUCUGGCUGUGACCUUGUUUGUUUACUUGUUGCCUUCAGGGUUGUGGGUUAAUUAAAGGGGAAGAUCGUAAAUUCUGAGCGGAAAUAAAUUGAAGCAUCAAGAGA